AUGUUGCGACAAAUAAAACCCCGCAAUGCACGCAGCAAGCGCGCGCUCGACAAGAAAGCCCCAAAGCCUAUCGAAAACCCCAAAACCACCCUUUUCCUCCGCUACACCACCUGCUCCCAAGUUGUUCAAGAUGCGCUCACCGAUCUCCAUCAAUUGCGCAUACCUCUAGCCAAGAAAUUCACCAAGAAGAAUGCCGUUCAUCCCUUCGAAGACCCCGCAUCCCUUGAAUUCUUCUCCGAGAAAAACGAUGCCUCUCUCCUUGUGUUUGGAUCCUCAAAUAAGAAGCGGCCGCAUGCUAUGACGCUUGUAAGGACCUUCGGGUAUAAGAUUCUCGAUAUGCUAGAGUUGAAUUUGGACCCCGAUAGCUUCCGCCGGUUGAACCAGUUCAAGAACAAGAAGUGCGCCGUGGGAUUGAAGCCCAUGCUGCUAUUUGCUGGCACGCCGUUUGAAGGCCCAGUUACAAAUGAGUACACGAUGAUAAAGAGCUUCUUCACGGACUUUUUCAAGGGCGAGCCUGCGGAUAAGGUUGAUGUCGAGGGAUUGCAGUAUAUUGUUUCCAUUAGCGCGAGGGAGGAGGUCGAGGGCGAGGAAGCCAAGCCAAGUGUGCAUUUGAGGGUCUAUUUAAUCAAGACGAAGCGAAGCGGGCAGAAGCUACCACGAGUGGAGGUUGAGGAGAUGGGACCGAGGAUGGAUUUCAGAGUGGGCAGAGUCAAGGAGGCCGAUGAGAGUAUCCUGAAGGAAGCGAUGAAGAAGGCCCGCACCAGCCAGGAGAGGCCCAAGAAGAAUAUUUCUACGGAUAUCAUGGGUGAUAAGAUUGGAAGGAUACAUCUGGGCAAGCAAGACUUGAAGGAGCUACAGACGCGGAAGAUGAAGGGGUUGAAGAGGAGUAGAGACGUGGCGGGGUCCGAGGAUGAUGAGAUGGAAGAUGCUAUCAGUGAUGAUGAGCCUGCGAAGAAGUCAAGACAAGGCUGA